UUUGUACAUUGGCAGCAUACUUUUAUGUUGACAAAAUAAUCUUGUUUUCGACACACCUGUUUUUAUGUUGGGUGAACAGUAAAAACUUAAGAUCUAUAAAAUGUCUGUGUCAUUAGAUAUCCGACUCAAGCGUGUAAACAAAAUUUACCAUGAAGAGGAAGCCAUAAUUGGGUAUGUCAUUAUUGAAAGUCGAUCGGAAGUCAAACACGAAGGGAUAACCCUAUCAAUGGAAGGCAAUGUUACAAUGCAGUUAAGUGCGAAAAAUGUUGGAAUCUUGGAAGCAUUUUAUUCAUCAGCUAAGCCUGUGCUUUUAACAAGCUGUAAUUUAGAAAUUUCUAAGCCAGGAAAAUUACCAGCCGGAAGAACUGAAAUUCCAUUUGAGAUUCCAUUAAAGCCCAGAACUAACAGGACUUUAUAUGAAACUUAUCAUGGUGUUUUCAUUAGUAUACAGUAUUAUUUGAAAUGUGAAAUGAAGAGAUCUCUUCUUAACAAAGAUUUGCAGAAAAUAAUGGAAUUUAUUGUUGAAUAUAAGAAUCAAAAAGUUGAUUCCAAGGCAGUGCCUGUGAACUUCAGUAUUACUCCAGAAUCAUUACAAAAUGUCCGAAAUAGAAAAAAUAUGCCUAAUUUGUAAUCAAGGGAAGAAUAGACUCAACAGUGUGGCAACAUUAUGCAGCCAUUUACUGGGAGAGGUUUGU